UAGAAGUGCAACAUCAAUUAAAAAGAUAUGAAAGUACUGACUAUAAUGAUCACAACUUAAUUUUGAAUAAUUCGACAUCUGGUCAAACUUCAUCCGAUCAAAUUUUAUCGACAGAUCAAACAUUAUCUGAUCCUACAGAUGAAUUCUUAAAAUCAUGGGAAUGGGACUUGCUUGAUCAAUUAAUCGAACUUUUUAGACCAAUUGAAGAGGCAAUGGAGUGGCUUAGUGGUCAAAAAUAUUGCACAUUAUCAUUAAUAUUUCCUACAAUUCAAGUAUUAAAAUGUGAUUAUAUCAUAAUUGGGGAAGAAGACAACGAAGAUAUUACAAAAGAAGCAUCAGAUUAUGAAGAAACUGAGGACAAAACUGUAGAAGAAGAAACUGAAGAGGAAGGCAUUAAUAAUGAUACCGAUAGUGAAGAAGUAGAUGAACCUACUAGACCAAAUAUUGAUAAAACUAUUAAAUUGGUUAAAAAUACAAUCUACAAUGCUCUCUUUAAAUAUUUUGAUAAUCUGCCAGAUUCAGCUUUACUUGCAAGUCUUUUAGGUCCUAGAUUUAAGAAAAUGAAAGGAUAG